CUCGAGCUCAGCUGGAUUUGCGUCCACUUUGGAUUCAAUUGCCUCAUACUGCAAAGAGAUUCAAAAGCCGAGUUCUCGGACGACUUCGAACCGUCUAAUUGCUGGGUUUUCCUGACUGAAAAGCCAGACCAUUCGAGCCACUUCUGCAACACCACAUGUUCAACCUAAAAUCAACUUCGAGCCUCUCAUCCCCCACUCACAUCCUCACUCACUCAUCUCUCAGUCAUUCACUUUCACCUCUUACUCCCGCUCACUGACUCACCUUCUUCACCUUCAGUCUCGCCCCUUCAAGAUGGCCGACCUCAUCGUGACCCAGCACGCCUCAGAAAAGAACGUCAAGUUCGCCUCGGCUACCCCAGCCCAGCGUGAGGCCGCAUGGCGCCUCAACGGCGUCUCAUGGGCCCCUCCCAUGUCCCUCGAGGCCUACGUUGCCCGUGAACUCGCCCUCUCCAAGACGGCCCUCUCAUCCAACUGCAGCUACUACGUCCUUUUCGACCCGGCCGACCCAGAGCACAUCAUCUCGUCCUGCGAAGCGACCGCCAAGACCCUCUUCGUCCGCGAUCCCUCUUCCCCGGCCGUUCGCGAAGAGAAGGCCUACGCCAUAGCCUCCGUCUACACGAACCCGACCCAUCGCAACCACGGCAUGGCGACUCGCCUCCUCAACGGCGUCAAGGAGGCCAUGGACGCCGACUCCAGAGCAAGCGUGCUCUACAGCGAUAUCGGCACCAUCUACUACGCUCGUAUGGGCUGGGCCGUAUAUCCGUCCCUUCAAGUUUCGCUCAUCCUGGAUGACGCUUCCGUUUUGAGUCCACUUCAGGGUUUGAGAUACCUCACGGCCGAGGAGGUGCCCGAAUUCUGUGGCAAGGACGUCGAGCUGCUGAGGAAGAAGCUCGCGAGCCUCCCCGACGACGGCAAGACGCACGUCGCCUUCGCACCGUCGGGCGACCAGAUGCUGUGGCACUUCACCCGCGAUGGCUUCAUGGCCAAGGAGCUCGUCGACCGGGAGGUCAUGCGCCGUGGGGCGGCUACUGCCGAUGGCAAGGCGUGGGUGUACUGGGACCACGACUUCCGCGAGAAGAAACUCAAGGUUCUGCGGGUCGGCGGCGACCCCGAGGCCGACGUCACGGCGCUACUCCACGCCGCUGUGCUCGAGGCUGCGGACUGGGGGCUCGCCAAGGUCCUGGUGUGGAACCCCGACGAGGGCAUCUCGGCCUCGGCCAAGAGGGUCAGCGAUCGGACCGAGGGCGCCGUCAGGGUGAUUUUUGACGAGAGGCUCGAUGGGAGCAUCCCGAGCUUGCGGUGGAAGGGCGAGGGCGAGGCUGUGUGGGAGGACAAUGAGUACUACGCAUGGUGCUAGAUUGCUCAC